UUUAGGAAUCGAUAUUGUUAUUUGAGUUAUUAACUGUAAUACAUGUCCUUGAGUAGAUCUCAGGUUGACUCAUUUAUUGUGAAAGAAAUUUUCAAUCCGGGGUAUAGGUCUAUUAGGAACGUGGAAGAAGUAAGCAUUCGAUUCAUCAAUAAUUCCCACGAUACUGUUGAUCUUUGUUGGAUUGAUUUUCGGGGCAAUUUAGUUCGUUAUUUGAAGCUUGGUUCACGCGAAGUGGUAAAGUUAACCACUUUUAUUGGGCACUACUGGAUAGCGCGAUUCGUACGGAACGGUGUAGCUGCACAGUUCUUACCUGAUCAUACUGAAGUUUUUGUCACCACUAGGCGUUUCCCUCAUACAGCAGUUGUUUUUAUUGUUCAGAAAGUACCCACAUUGUUUGAAGCAGCUGUUGAGCAUAUCGGAGAACUGUUUCACGAACAGCAGUACGCUCUGUAUAAGCUUCCUAUUUCUGAGCUUGUAAAGGUCAACCUUUUCUUUUUUGGAUUUGUAUGAAAUAAACUUAUACAAAUAAAAAAUAUUAGUGGAA